GACUUAAACUGAAACGCAAGCUCCAUAGAGUGCAGAAGUCGCUUCCAUUUGAAGGAAAGUCGUAAGAUUUUUUCACAACAUAGUCGCAAUUCCUUUACUCUGGACAUUAUUUCAGAGUAAUUUAAUUCAUGAUGCCAGCGGAAAGACUCCGGCUUCGCGCAUGGAUUGAAAAACAAGCAGAUAGCGGAAAGCUACCGGGUCUUGAGUGGGAGGAUCGAGAGAAAGGAAUCUUUAAAGUAUCGUGGAAGCAUGCUUCAAGGCAAUGCUGGUCCUACCCUAAAGAUGCCUGCGUCUUCGAAGGUUGGGCCAUCCACAGUGGUCGCUACAGAAAAGGAUACGACAGACCUGAUCCACGGCGUUGGAAAGCGAACUUUCGAUGUGCUCUGAACGCCCUCCCGGAUAUCGUCGAACUUCCAAAUCAAGGAAUUGCACGAGGUCAAGACGCUUAUAAAGUCUAUCAGAUAUCGAAGAAAACAGCCAAGAAAGACGUGCAUAAUAAACGACCGAACAAGGCGCCAACCGCAUGUGCUUCAACCAGCACUGCUUCAACUCCAAACGCGACACCUGCGACGAGAGAACACUCCGCCACAAAGAGAGCGGCUAGGGCUGACCCUGGUCCAAUAAGGAACAGGCAGAGUACGGGGGAAACACCAAGGAAAGCUCCGUAUUACCAUUUGUCGGGUGCCAAACCCUUCAAUGGCUUUGGGUUUUGGCCAACGUUUCACGCCUGGCCACCACAUUUGCUGGAUCACGAUUACAUGAGCCCAUGGUUCGAUCCAAGGCCUGAGAUGAAAGACAUUGGCGUUAUGACUCAAUCAGGUAUAAAACAGGAACCUUUGUCUCCAGAUGAUGCGAUGAUGCCGUCUUGCUCACGAGACCUUAAUGAAUUGGAGGAGGGUUCCACAGAUGGUGCUAAAGUAAUUGUGAAGGAAGAAGACGAAGUUCCCAGUGAUCAAGAAAUCAUUGAUUUGGUGGACCAAAUGUCUGACCAGAGUGGAUCUUCACUUGACGAAUUGGAAGGAAUGGAGGGAUCUAAUGAUCCCGAAGAAGAAUUUGCAGAGGAAUCUUCUUCUCCAAAGGAGCGUCCUCCAUUGCGGCUGGUCUUGAAGUCCGAGGCCUCAUCAAAUUAUGGAAACGAAUACACUUCCGCCCUUCCUUUGACACCAGACUCCACUCGGGAGAUUUUGAGUGUCAUUAACAGAUCGUAGGACUUAAAAGAACUCUUUUCGAGAAUUAAGUUAGUUCAGUAAGCUUCAAUAAGCAAAGGGAAUGGAUUUUCUCAAGGGAUAUACGAGGGAAACGUAAAUGAUCGUAAGAGGACACUUUAUGAUUGGCAUAAGUGACCAUCCUCGCUAGUUGACGCUGGCCUAAAGGCGGCGAACGCAGUGACUGCCAAGACUUCCACCCUCGAAGGUUCUGUGUCCUUUUUGCUCAGAUUCAACUGUUCCCCAUAUUCAUAGAUUAUUUGAUACCGUAGGAAUCCGUAAAGAGAUGUAUUUUAAUUAGGUUAACUUGAAUGGUCGAUGGAUUAGCAACCGUUUGGGAAUUUUCACCUCUCAUUCGUAUAUUAUUCUCAAUGGCAAGCCAGAUUUUCUAGAACGAUCAUUACUAUAGAAAAAUUAGUUCAGAGGUCCCCUUUAAUCACCCACUGACAUUUCACCCCAAUGAGUGCAUGCUUUGCAUGGUCCUGGCACAAAUCAGUUCAGUUCUUGGAUCCAGAGUCAGGCAGCCAUCACCCUUAUUUGAAACUAUUCGUUUGUUGUGUUAUUCAGUCAUGUUGUUUGUGAAGAAACUUUUGAUUUCUUGUUGGAUCAAAGUGAUUCGAUAAUUAUUAAUUCUGGGUGUGAGAUAAAUUGUAAUAUGUAAUGAUUGAAACUCGGCCAUCAUUCAUCAUCCAUGUUAUCCAACCUUAACAGAAUGAUCAGUGUCAAGUUUCAUUAUCACCUUGUCUCAAAGCGUUCAAAUGCGAUGAACCAAGGCUUAACCUUUUUAGUCUAAAGUUAGUUUCGGAACUGUAAACUUUAAGCUCCAUGGGAUUGUAAUUCAUACAAAAUAAACGCAUUGCGUCCACUGCACGAA